CACACAACAAGCCCUAGUGCUUAGAGUGACGUACCGUUUGAACUUAGACCAAACUUAAUCAUAAUGUUCGCUAAGGUGUUGUUCGCUUGCGCGCUAGUCAGCGUCGCACGCGGCGGGUUGAUCGCGGGCGGUCACGGCGCGCUCUCGACACAGAGCAUCGUACUGGGCGCCCCUGCCCUUGCGCAUGGCUACGGAGGUUACGGAGGCUACGCUGCCGCGGCGCCGGCUAUUGCCGCACCCGCUUUGGGAUACGGAUUAGGUCACGGCGCCGUGGUUGCGCACGCGCCGGUAUACCGUGCACCCCUCGCGCACGCCGCUGCCCCUGUUGAAAUAUAUGCCCACCCCCGCUACCAGUUCAACUACGGAGUCACUGAUGGCCACACAGGCGAUCAAAAGAGCCAGUGGGAAGCCCGUGAUGGUGAUGUCGUGAAAGGCCAGUACUCCCUCGUCGAACCCGAUGGCACCGUGCGCACUGUCAACUAUUCUGCUGAUGAUCAUAAUGGGUAA